AGCUCCCCGAAGCGGCGGCGGCGGCGGCAGCUCCGGCUCUGCCCGCUUCAGUCCGCGGUUUCCGCAGCCUGUGCAAGCGCAGCAGUUGGGGGCUCUCUCGGCUACCCCAUCACGACCACCGGCAGCCCAGGCUGGAUCUUCAUUUCCUCUUGCAGGGAGGGAGGGCACGAAGGAUUGCAUGAAGGUGAGGCAUCCCCCCCAACACCACUCCAGCGAGUGCGAAAUUGCCACCGGCCCCGGUUCAAGCGCUCUGCAGCGAAAGAAACGCAAUCCUCCCCCUUUUUUAAAGAAAAAUAGAAAACCUCCUCAAUGAGCGCCAGGCUUUCCAAGGAGUUGAGGCUUCCCCUGCCGCCUUGCCUCUUGAAUAGGACAUCUGGCUCUUCAAAUGCCAGCGGCACCUGCAUCACCCAAGUGGGGCAGCUCUUCCAGUCUUUCUCUUCCACGUUGGUCCUGAUUGUCCUGGUGGCCCUCAUCGUCUGCCUCAUUCUGCUCUCUCUCAUUACUUUCCACAUCCAUAAGAGGAAGAUGAAGAAGCGGAAAAUGCAAAAAGCUCAGGAGGAAUAUGAACGGGACCACUGCAGCGCCACCAGCGCACAGUCAGGGGAUCCAUGUGAAAUACCCCAAGGAAGAGAAGCUGCUGGCCUGGGAAGAACCGGCCGGGAUUCUAGUAGCCAGUGUACCUCUGCCCUGGAACAUCAGAACCCCUACCCUGAAAGAUCCUGCUUGGACACAGAUACUCCGGGGCUCUUGCAAACAGUGGUAUUGUCUUGAUUUCCUUGAUUUUAUUAUUUUUUGUGUGUGUGCGGAGACCUCACCAAAAGACACUCUUUGGUGUUUGUACAUACUUGAGUGAUUAUUAUAACCUCGAAGAAGAUGACGAAGAAAAGUAUUAUUACUAUUAUUAUUAUUAUUACUACUCCUAUGAUUAACAAUGAAAGGACAAGCCAGCCAGAAUUCAAGCGCAUGAGAAAUUUUAUUGCAUUUCUUCUUGACUUUUGCAAAGGGAAGGAUGUGUCUCUUCGUUUAUGUAUUUUUUUUCCUUUUAAGAGAAGAUGAGGGGAAAAAAGGAAAGCUGCACAGUUGCCACCAAAUAUAAAGUCAUCUGCACUAAAAGAAACGGUGCAGGCAAUUCAGAUGUGAUGUACAUAUAUAAAAGAUCUUGAAUAUGUAUAAAAAAAGCAUUUCUGUUUUCCUACUCUUCUGUGCUGGGGGUUAUAUGUAAUUGUAAUGGUAUUUUAAGGGGCCAUUUCUUAAAAAGAGCAAUGCCAAGAGUGAAAGGGGGAAGGAAAAGCUGAGUGUGGGCAGGAGGCGGGGUCGUGGUGAUGAUAACAGAAAGGAAGAGACUGAUUCCGAACACGCAUUUGAAGUUCAGCAGCACUGGUUGGGGGCUGGGUUUUUGCCCCAUUUGCUGCAACUGAAGAGCAAGAUGACUUUUCUUAUAAGGCUUCUCGGGUUAGAAACCAUGCCCACUUCUUCUUUUUCUUCCCUAACACCAUCAUUCUCUCCCUUUUAAGAGACUGUUUUGUUUUGUUUCCUUUUUGAAACAUUUGCCCCAUAGAAGUAACAUAAGUCAAAAAUGAUCUACUGCCCAAUUCUGCUCCCCGCCUUUUUAUUUUCUCUCCUCCUCUCUCUGCAGUAUUACCUACCCUGUGCCCUGCAAAGCUGCGAACACUGAACAGCUAUGCUUCUGUAUCUAUGGGAGGGGGUUGGGUUGGCGCUCCUGAGGAAUGUUUUGGGUUGUAUCUCUCUCUCUCUCUCUCUCUCUGUUUCUCAAGGCAUUUUCAAGUGUAACAAGCCUUUUUCUUACAUUAAAUCUAGAAUAAGGUA